UGACACUUCAGGUACCUAAGAAACUCUCUGUCACAAAAACUGUUGUGACUCUAUGUAGCAGUCAUGCUGCAGCAGCAUUGGAAGGGAGGAAUAACAGGAGAGAUGAAAUGGAAAAGGUGCAGGCAUUACUUGUUGCUUUUUUGAUAAUCUCAAAUAAACCUAUGCUCCAGCAACCCACCGGUAACUUCUUAAAAAUUGACUUCUUACAAAAAGCAUGGCAUGUCGACUGCACCACUCAGCUUGGCGUCAUCUGCAAAUUUGCUGAGGGUGGACUCAAUCCCACUGCCUAUGUUGUUGAUGAAGAUAUACAGUACUGGUCCCCAUUUCUUCAGUCACGUUUUCACUUCAAUGUAUUGGCAGGAUUGUCCUUUUCAGGAUCCAGUGGUCCAGGAGCAUAUAGCAUUGCAGAAAGUGGUGAUGUGAAGGUCUGUGAAAAAAACAAUUGCAUCUGGAAAGGAUGCCGAGAGGCGACCCAGAGUGAGUUUAGAGCUGUUACCAACAUGAAGCCUUCCAUGCCAUUGGAGCCAGAAGUGAGGCUUCAUAUUGCUGGCUUGCGCAAUGAUUACUAUCUAAACAUACUGGACUGGAGCCUUGAAAAUCUCAUUGCUGUUGCUGUAGGAUCUGCUGCACACGUCUGGAAUGGAGGAACUCUUCAAGCCAUUGAAAGCAUUGAUUUGAAGUCCAGUUCCAAAUACAUUUCAUCUCUGGCUUGGAUAAAAGAAGGAACUUGCCUUGCGAUUGGCACCAGUGAUGGAGAAGUGCAACUGUGGGACAUUGAAACCAAAAAGAGGUUGAGAAAUAUGUUUGGUCACUUGUCUGUAGUUGGAGCUCUGAGCUGGAAUCAUUAUAUUCUGAGCAGUGGUUCACGACUAGGAUCUAUUCAUCACCAUGAUGUUCGGGUUCCUCGGCACCAUGCUGGGACUCUUUGCCAAAACAAACAAAGCAUUUGCAGCCUGAAAUGGUCACUAACCAACCAGUUUCUGGCAAGUGGGUCUAGUGAUGGUAUAUUGAAUAUCUGGCCUAGUGACCCUGGUGUGAAAUUGCAGUCACAGCCACUGAAAACCAUGCCUCAUUCCUCAGCAGUUAAGGCUAUGAACUGGUGUCCUUGGCAGUCUAAAGUCCUUGCUACAGGGGGUGGAAUGAAAGAUGGAAUUUUGCGUGUCUGGGACAUAAAUCGUGAGAAAAUCAUCCAAAGUGCAGCUACAGAUUCUCAGGUUUGUUCCUUGCUCUGGUUACCCAAAACCAGUGAACUGAUGACUGCACAAGGCCUUCCUGGAAAUCAGAUGAAAAUAUGGAAGUAUCCCAUGCUUAUCAAUUCAUCAGAACUCUAUGGCAAGUAUUUCACUUAA